UCAAAGUUUGGUUUUAAAGAGGUUUCUUCCAUCCCACCUGUGCAAACUUCACGCAGGCGUCUGCUUCUGUCACUCAUACAUCAGAUGUGAGUCGAUGUCCGACUCUUCACUGACUUAAAGGACUCUGAGGUCCAGAUCACGGCAGCGUGACCGGCUGAAUGCACUCAUGCCUGACAUUCUGUGAAUAUGCCAAAAAAAGCCUGGACCCGGAGCGCUGCUUUUUAAAUUCUCCUAUCAAAGCAGAGGUUGCUCUGUUAUUGUAAUAUUGCUGCUAUCUGCAGUUGGAAGUGGCAUUCGAGAAAUUCAGUUUGGCACAAAUUAGUGCACGGUGCGAAAAAUCUGGAAACGUCUGCAGGAAACGCUGCAGAGGGAAACGCUGCACCAUUAAUGCUUUUAAUGCAACAACAGGGAAAUACUCUGUGUGCAGAAUCCAUUAUGAUGAAUCUGAAGAUAGAAGCUGUUGGAAGAAACGACGUGUUCUUAAGUUAGCUCUGAUUCUUACGUGUGGCGAUUGAAAGCAUGUUAUUAAAACACACAGAAGCUUCAUUCUGCAGGAGAACCUUUGAUUUGAUGCUUUAAUUCAAUAUUUCUUUAAGAAGGAUUCAAGUGGAGGGUUCAGGGUUCAAGUGGAGGAUCCGAGUCUUCCUUCCCUCCCUCCGCCUGGAUUCAUCCACAAGGCAGACAGAAGUCCUGAGUUGGCAGGUCCUCACCAGGUGGGGGCAAGCUGGUGGAGCUGGCAUGUGUGACAUGGUGCGAGAGCUGGAGCUGCGGGUGGGCACUGGACCCAGCCAGGACAGAAGUGGGGGUCAAUGGACGCUAACCAUGCCCAGCCUUUAUGCCCUCCGCUGUUGUUGUUGUUUACCAACGUGGGAACGCCGGGUGUAUAAAAAGGGAGCGGUGAGAGGAGAGAGCAACAUCGAGACCUCAGGGGAACAACCAGCUCCACCAGCAGCAGCAGCAGCAGCACCACCACCACCACCACCAGAUCUCCCAAAACCACCAACAGUCAAUCCAAGAUGGGCAGGAUUGUCUUUUACGAGGAUAAAAACUUCCAGGGCCGUCGCUAUGAGUGCGACAGCGACUGCUCUGACUUCCACACCUACCUGAGCCGCUGCAACUCCAUCCGGGUGGAGAGCGGCGCCUGGGUGGUGUACGAGAGGCCGAACUUCUUGGGCUACCAAUACGUCCUGAUCAGAGGAGAGUACCCCGAGUACCACCGCUGGAUGGGCCUCAACGACCGCCUCAGCUCCUGCAAGUUGAUCCACUUUGCCAGCGGGUCCACGUACAAGAUGCAGCUGUAUGAGAAGGCAGACUUCAGCGGCCAGGCCUACGAAACCUCCGAGGACUGCCCCUCUCUCCUUGACAAGUUUCGCAUGAGGGAGUUCAACUCCUGCAAGGUCUACGACGGCUGGUGGGUCUUCUACGAGCACCCCAACUACCGUGGACGCCAGUACUUCCUGGAGAAAGGGGAAUACCGCAAACCCGGAGACUGGGGCGCCGUCAGUCCCACCGUCCAGUCCUUCAGGCGCGUCACCGAGUGAUCCAACCUCCAUCCAAAAAUGUUCAGAAAAGAUCUACUGUGCUGACAUUUGACUUUGAUUUUCAUUGACUACUUUGUGAUUUUGAACUGAGGUCUCACAAAUAAAGCCUGUCCUGUAAGCAGA